CACAGAUUUUUAUAUAUUAGACUCAUUAGAGUAGUAUAUUGUUCUAUGGCAGUAUAGAAGUCUGUGUAUCAGCAUAGUUCGUUGUGCAACCAUUAUCACGCUCACAAACUACAAAUUUUAGUAGCUCGUAGUUACAUCUUAAGAUCAUGAUUGUAUAUUAUGAUCUAAGAGUUGUACAUAAUGUUCUAUACUAUCUGUACUUUAUAGCCGUGGUAUGUAGAAAUCGCCGCCGCCGUGCCCGACAGCCUGUAGCUCGGUGAUUCGUUUCUCGACCGUUGACCGUUGUUUUAUCACGUGUAGGAACGAUUCUUGAACCGCGAUUUGUUUUGAAUUUUUGCAAUGAGGAACACAACUGACGCACCAUCCACGUCUAAUGCUGGUUCUCCACUUUCAUCAGUUAAAAAGAACCCGUGCGGGAAGUUCAUUGGAAGGCGACAAAAAGAGAUUAUAAUAAACUUAUACAAAUACAAAAUUGCCGAAGAACGAUCUAUUAAUGUUAAGGAAAUGGUGAAAUUGCUGUCCAAGGAAACGGGUAUUGGCCAGAAAACUAUCCAAACGACAAUUUCCGACUACAAGAACGCAAAACCAAUACAAUCACCGAACAGAAAAAAAGUCAGGCUGACGUUUAAAGACAAAGUCGACGAUUUCGAACGAAAUGCUAUACGUAAAAAGGUACACGAUUUUUGGUUUGGCCGUCAGGUACCCACCUUGGACAAGAUUUUAAUAUCCGUGAAUAGUGACCCAACAUUAAACACAUACGAAAGAACUAACCUAAAUAAUUUAUUACGUGAUCUAAAUUUUACACAUUGUAAAAGAGGCCGUAAUAGCGCACUCAUUGAACGGGACGACAUUGUAUUAUGGCGAACUAAUUAUAUACAAGAUAUCCGAAAAUAUCGCCAAGAAGGAAGGACAAUAUAUUAUUUAGAUGAGACGUGGACAAACAUUGGUGAAUGUAUGAAAAAAAUUUCGGUUGACAACCCAACAGGCAAAGCAAAACGACUCAUUAUAGUCCAUAUUGGAUCAGAAGAAGGAUUCGUCAAUGGUGGUCUGCUGGUAUUUGAAUCGAAAAAAGGAUCAGCUAACUAUCAUGACGAAAUGAAUGGAGAUUCUUUUUUUGAUUGGAUUAAAGGUGUCAUUCCAUUGUUAAAAGACAACAGUAUCAUAGUGAUGGAUAAUGCACCUCAUCAUUCAGUAAAAGUCGAACGUUGUCCAACAACGAGUUGGAAUAAAGCAGAAAUUGAAAGUUGGCUGGAACAAAAGGGCGAGGAACAAAAGCCACUUAACAAAGUUGCUCUAAUGGACAUUGUUAAUCAAAUUAAACCGCAGUUUGACAAAUACGUCAUAGACGAGUAUAUAAAAUCCAAAAAUAUGGUCGUAUUACGUUUACCGCCUCAUCACAGCGAACUGAAUCCAAUAGAGCUAGCAUGGUUGUCUGUCAAAAAUUAUAUCAAAAUGAAUAAUUCGACAUUUAAGCUAUCCGAUGUCAAAAAGCUCGUCAUUGAAGCUGUCAAUGCAUGUGGUCCCGAAAAAUGGAAGAAAUUCGUCAGUCACGUAAUUGACGAAGAGAAAAGAUUCUGGGACAUCGACUUUGUCGUCGAGGAAGUCAUGGAAAAUUUAAAUUUUGUGUCAUGACUAACACUAGUGACAUAUCUUGAUCAAAUUAGGAUUUGUAAUUUUUUUUUUUUGUAUAUUUUAUUAUAUAUUACUGAUUUAAA